AUGGAAGAAAAGAAAACUCUAUCGUUUUCUAUAGACAGUAUUUUAUCAUCAGAAAACAGACGGCCGACGGUACCAAAGUUUUCUCCGUAUGUUGAAGACAAAUACACGAACCCACGGCCAAGUUUUGGAACUGAGGCACUAGAUAGCAGAUUAAGACAGUCAUUGGGAAGCGAAUCUGUAGACGAUGAGAAACAUUCUGGUGACGACAGCGGUGACGAAAUGUAUUCGCCAUCUUCAAACACUGAUUCUAACGAAUCCAUACAACAUUCGCCAAGAAAAUUGCUCACGGACUCAGAAUCAUUAAAAUGUAAAUCAAAAAAGAAAACACGGACUGUAUUUUCUAGACAACAGGUAUUUUAUUUGGAGGCAGCAUUUGACGCCAAAAGAUACUUGUCAAGUGCUGAGCGCUCGGAAAUCGCCACCUCAUUGAACUUAACAGAGACACAAGUGAAAGUCUGGUUUCAAAACCGUAGAAAUAAAUGGAAAGCUCAAAUAAAUGGUGAUGGCAAAACUUCUCCUACACAGGAAACCCCGCCAAUUUUUCUGUCACCAUUUCUAUGCAACAGUGUUGCGGCUGCCGCACAUGCGCAGAGAGGACAAAAUGCUGGAGUGCCACCAGUUCCGUUCUUUCGACAGCCUGUGUUCUAUUAAA